CCAACACCCCGCCGUCAAACUGGAGGAGCGACGGAAGGCGGACCCCGGGAGGAUGGAGGAUGAAGCUGUCCUGGACAGAGGGGCUUCCUUCCUUAAGCAUGUGUGUGAUGAAGAAGAAGUAGAAGGCCACCAUACCAUCUACAUUGGGGUCCAUGUGCCGAAGAGCUACAGGAGAAGGAGACGCCACAAGAGAAAGACAGGGCACAAAGAAAAGAAGGAAAAAGAAAGAGUCUCUGAGAACUACUCUGAUAAAUCAGAUGUGGAAAAUGCUGAUGAAUCCAGCAGCAGCAUCCUGAAGCCUCUCAUUUCUCCUGCCGCAGAACGUAUCCGAUUCAUCUUGGGCGAGGAGGAUGACAGCCCAGCACCCCCUCAGCUCUUCACUGAACUGGAUGAGCUGCUCGCCGUGGACGGGCAGGAGAUGGAGUGGAAGGAGACAGCGAGGUGGAUUAAGUUUGAAGAAAAAGUGGAACAGGGUGGGGAAAGAUGGAGCAAGCCCCACGUGGCCACAUUGUCCCUUCACAGCUUAUUUGAGCUAAGGACAUGUAUGGAGAAAGGAUCCAUCAUGCUUGACAGGGAGGCUUCUUCUCUCCCACAGUUGGUGGAGAUGAUUGUUGACCAUCAGAUUGAGACAGGCCUAUUGAAACCUGACCUUAAGGAUAAGGUGACCUACACUUUGCUCCGGAGGCACCGGCAUCAAACCAAGAAAUCUAACCUUCGAUCCCUGGCUGACAUUGGGAAGACAGUCUCCAGUGCAAGUAGGAUGUUUACCAACCCUGAUAAUGCCCGCAGCCCGCUUGAGAACUCAGUGCCCUGCCUAGCAACCCGCACCUUGGACGAUGACCCCCGAGUGCGGCGCACUCCCAGCGUGGGAUGGCUAAGUAGCCCAGCUAUGACCCAUAGGAAUCUGACUUCCUCCAGUCUGAAUGACAUUUCUGAUAAACCAGAGAAGGACCAGCUGAAGAAUAAGUUCAUGAAAAAACUGCCACGUGAUGCAGAAGCCUCCAACGUGCUUGUUGGGGAGGUUGACUUCUUGGAUACUCCUUUCAUUGCCUUUGUUCGGCUCCAGCAGGCAGUCAUGCUGGGUGCCCUGACUGAGGUCCCUGUGCCCACAAGGUUCUUGUUCAUUCUCUUGGGUCCUAAGGGGAAAGCCAAGUCCUACCAUGAGAUUGGCAGAGCCAUUGCCACCUUGAUGUCUGACGAGGUGUUCCAUGACAUUGCUUAUAAAGCAAAAGACAGGCAGGACCUGAUUGCUGGCAUUGACGAGUUCCUGGAUGAAGUCAUUGUCCUUCCACCUGGGGAAUGGGAUCCAGCAAUCAGGAUAGAGCCUCCUAAGAGUCUUCCAUCAUCUGACAAGAGAAAGAAUAUGUACUCAGGUGGAGAGAAUAUUCAGAUGAAUGGGGACACCCCCCAUGAUGGAGGCCACGGAGGAGGAGGAGGGGGACACGCGGAUUGUGAAGAAUUACAGCGAACUGGACGGUUCUGUGGUGGACUAAUUAAGGACAUAAAGAGGAAAGCACCAUUUUUCGCCAGUGAUUUUUAUGAUGCUCUAAAUAUUCAGGCGCUUUCAGCAAUUCUCUUCAUUUAUCUGGCAACUGUAACUAAUGCUAUCACUUUUGGAGGACUGCUUGGGGAUGCCACUGACAACAUGCAGGGUGUGUUGGAGAGCUUCCUGGGCACAGCUGUCUCUGGAGCCAUCUUUUGCCUGUUUGCCGGUCAACCCCUCACUAUUUUGAGCAGCACAGGACCUGUUCUAGUUUUUGAGAGGCUUCUAUUUAAUUUCAGCAAGGACCAUAAUUUUGACUAUCUGGAGUUUCGCCUGUGGAUUGGCUUGUGGUCAGCCUUCCUGUGUCUCAUUUUGGUAGCCACAGAUGCCAGCUUCCUGGUUCAGUACUUCACUCGCUUUACUGAAGAGGGCUUCUCUUCUCUGAUUAGCUUCAUCUUCAUCUAUGAUGCUUUCAAGAAGAUGAUCAAGCUAGCUGACUACUACCCCAUCAACUCUGACUUCAAAGUGGGCUACAAUACUCAGUUUUCCUGUGCUUGUAUGCCUCCCGACCCAGUUAAUAUCUCAAUAUCUAAUGAUACUACAUUGGCUCCAGAGGAUUUGCCAACUAUUUCUUCUGCUGACAUGUACCAUAAUGCUACCUUUGACUGGGCACUUUUGUCAACGAAGAAGUGUUUGAAAUAUGGAGGAAAGCUUGUGGGGAACAACUGUGAUUUUGUUCCUGAUAUCACACUCAUGUCUUUCAUCCUCUUCUUGGGCACCUACACCUCAUCUAUGGCUCUGAAAAAAUUUAAAACUAGCCGUUAUUUUCCAACCACGGCAAGAAAACUGAUCAGUGAUUUUGCCAUUAUCUUGUCCAUCCUCAUCUUUUGUGUAAUAGAUGCUCUGGUAGGUGUGGAUACUCCAAAACUAAUUGUGCCAAGCGAGUUCAAGCCAACAAGUCCAAACCGAGGCUGGUUCGUCCCACCAUUUGGAGGAAACCCCUGGUGGGUGUACCUUGCAGCUGCUAUCCCUGCCUUGUUGGUCACUAUUCUGAUUUUUAUGGACCAGCAAAUCACAGCUGUGAUCGUAAACAGGAAAGAACAUAAACUCAAGAAAGGAGCUGGAUAUCACCUGGAUCUCUUUUGGGUGGCCAUCCUCAUGGUGGUGUGCUCUUUUAUGGCUCUUCCGUGGUAUGUGGCUGCUACUGUCAUUUCCAUUGCUCACAUCGACAGUUUGAAGAUGGAGACAGAGACUUCUGCCCCUGGAGAACAACCAAAGUUUCUAGGAGUAAGGGAACAGAGAGUCACUGGAACCCUCGUGUUUAUCCUGACUGGUCUGUCGGUCUUUAUGGCUCCCAUCUUGAAGUUUAUCCCCAUGCCUGUACUCUAUGGCGUGUUCCUGUAUAUGGGGGUAGCGUCCCUUAACGGUGUACAGUUCAUGGAUCGUCUGAAGCUACUGCUGAUGCCCCUGAAGCACCAGCCAGACUUUAUCUACCUGCGCCAUGUGCCCCUGCGCAGAGUCCACCUGUUCACUUUCCUGCAGGUGCUGUGUCUAGCUCUGCUCUGGAUCCUCAAGUCAACUGUGGCUGCUAUCAUUUUCCCAGUCAUGAUCUUGGCACUUGUAGCUGUCAGAAAAGGCAUGGACUACCUCUUCUCCCAACAUGACCUCAGCUUCCUCGAUGAUGUCAUUCCAGAAAAGGACAAGAAAAAGAAGGAAGAUGAGAAGAAAAAGAAAAAGAAGAAAGGAAGUCUGGACAGUGAUAAUGAUGAUUCUGACUGCCCAUACUCAGAAAAAGUUCCAAGUAUUAAAAUUCCAAUGGACAUCAUGGAACAGCAACCUUUCCUAAGUGAUAGCAAACCUUCUGACAGAGAAAGAUCACCAACAUUCCUUGAACGCCACACAUCAUGCUGAUAAAAUUCCUUUCCUUCAGUCACUCGGUAUGCCAAGUCCUCCUAGAACUCCGGUAAAAGUUGUGCCUCAAAUUAGGAUAGAACUUGAGCCUGAAGACAAUGAUUAUUUCUGGAGGAGCAAGGGAACAGAAACUACAUUGUAACCUGUUUGUCUUUCUUAAAAGACUGUUUUUGUUGUUAACGUUCUUGGGUUUUGUCUAGUUGUCUAUUUUUUAAUUUUUGUUUUGUUUUGGUUUUUGAUCAUUGGCCAAAUAAUAUAGCACUCACUCUGCUUCUCUCUUGCAUAGGUAAAAUCAAGACAAUAGCGCACUGUUCCUUAAAACAUAUCAGAAGAAUCCCCUUUUCCUUUCAUAUUUUCAGAUGUGUCCUCUGACAACCAAAUUCCUCUGUCACUCAAGACACGCACAGACCCUGUCCUUUUCCUUUAUUAAGCAGAGGGCAAAAGUAUUAAGGAUUUUGUAACACCUUUUAUUAAAAUAUUGAAGGAACUUACAACUUUGGCUUUGGAGCUGUGCUUCUGGCUUGUAUGUCUGUCUGGGAGAACAAGCCGUGACCACCAGGCAGCGCCCCUUCUUGCUUGUGGAGCUCUCCAGGACUGGAAAAAGUGCUGCUAUGCUACCUUGCUCUCGCUUGUAAGCCCUAAUUGUAGAGUUAUCAAAAGAAGAAAAACUAAAGGUACUUCUACUCCCUGUAGAGAAACUAUUGCCAUCAUUGUAGCAAGUGCUGGAAUAUCCCUUUUUUCCUAUGCAACUUUUUUUAACCCUUUAAUGAACUUACCUGUUAAGUACAUUGAAGAAUAUUUUCUUCGUAGAUUUUGUUGUUUAAAUUAUGGGGCCUAACCUGCAACUUAUUUUUUGUCAAUUUUUUAACUUUUUUUUAAUUACUGUAAAGAAAAUGAAUUUUUUCCUGCAGCAGGAAACAUAGUUUUGAGUAGUUCUACCUCUUAUUUGUAGCUGCCAGGCUUUCUGUAAAAAUUGUAUUGUAUAUAAUGUGAUUUUUACACACACAUACACACACACAAAUACACGAUCUCUAGAGUAAGCCAGAGGGCUGGAUCAGAUUAAAAACACCAUGUUUCUAAGCAUCUAUUUUUCCCUUUCUUUAAAAGAAAUUUGCUGUUCUAUGAAGAGAUUGGGGGAGAAGGAGAAGCUCCUAUGUAAUGAGAAUAACUGAUGUUUUGAUAAUAGUAAUAUCCGGGCAUAGAUGCUGAUUGUAUUACCAUGUCGAUGUCCUAUGCAGUAUUGUUAGAUUUUUUUUUUUUCAUUUUGAAAUAUUUGUGUUUGUGUACAUACUCUGUGUGUGGCUGGUGUACAUAUGUGCAAAGUUGGAAAGAGACAGAGUGAAGGUAGGCAAUGGGCAAAGUUAUCCAUCCUCUUGUGUCAGUUUUCAUAAAACCCAAACCAUGUAUGAAAAAUUAUCAGAGGUCUAAGGGACUUACUAUUAUGUAAAUGAGGGUAAACAUAUUUUAUUGGCAGAUACCGUCAUUGAUCCAAGAGCUCAUAUUUAUAAUACAAAACCUAUAAGAAUAUUAAUAGAUAAUUUACACAUCUAUACAGUGUUUAUGAGAAUGCAGAUAGAUCUGCAGAGGUAUAUGAGGUAUAUAUAUAUGUGUGUAUAUAUAUACACACACAUUUUAACAAUGCUCACACGUGGUUUUAGGAUGGAAAGGCAAUUAUUCCUUAUGAUUGGGACGUUUAGAAUAUUUAUACAUAUGUGUGUACGUGUAUUUCAAAGCACCAUAUUGAAGAUUAGAAAAAAAAAAGAAAAUUAAGCCUUUAUUAACCAAAUUUAGCAUGUUAUUUAAAUGUAAUGUUUUUAAUAGACUGCAUUAUAUAUUAUGAAUCUGCAUUAAAAACAUUUUAAAUGCUAAAGCCAUGAUUUUGGAUUUAUAUAGACAUAUUUGUAGUAUAUCUAAACUAAAUAUAUAUAACUAAAACAGAUUGUUGGAGGAAUACCAGAAGCAGGAUGAAACCAUGUAUUUUGGUUUCAUAAUAUGCACAUAGUAACUCCUACUCAUUCUUACAUUAAUUAAAUUAUAAUUCUGUCCUCUUAACAUUUUGAUUAUAAAAAUUUUAUUAUCCUAAAUUAGCUGUUACUUUUAUAGUAUCUGCUAAUCUUAAAGCUUUAAAUUUUAUACAAAUUAGAUAUAAAUGACCUGCAAUUUUUUCAUUAAAAUGAAAGCAGCAAAUUACAUGUUAUUUGUUAAAACCUUACAUGCCAAGUUUUGGCAUCAAAUUUGUACUUAAUGCUAUCCUUAAAAUGAUUAUAUAGUCUUGUUUUUUCAUAAUAUAAAACUAUAAGAAGCUUUUUCUUUUUCUUUACCAAGGGAAGCAUCAAUAAAAUGUCUAAGAGCCACACAUAAUAAGUUUAGUCUAACCUAUGAUCUUGUUAAAUUAAAGACAUUUUUGUUCACUUUUAUAAAAGCCCUAGAUGUAAUACUUUAUUUUUCUGAUCAUGAAUCAAAUAUUUGAGGAUUUGUGCUUCUCUACAUCUCUUUCAAAGAAUUCCUAAAGGAACUUAACUCAAUAUUUCAGCCUUUGAGUAGAUCUAAAAGUUACCUGCACCUCCACUGAUGAUCCAUAUUCUGUGACAAAAGAUUGAAAUUCAUGAUAUGAAUGCAGAACAGCACCUUCCAUUUGCUAAAAGUAACAGUUAAUAUCAUACCUUUUCAAUAUUUUGGAACCCAUUUUAAAAAAAGGUUUUAAAAAAUCAUUACUUUCAGAGGAACAGAAGUAGUUACCAAACAAGCAAACAAAAUCUGAAGUCCAUACAGAGCCACCAAAUAAAUUAUCUGUAUUCUAACUGAAUUUACUCAUUUUCUGAGAACUAACCAGAUUUUUUUUGAUGGUUUUGUUUCUAUGUAAACUGGACGCACAGAAUACAGUACAGUGGCAAUUUUUUUUAACUCAGUCUCUUUCCCUGAUGUGAAUACAGAGACAUGAAAUAUUCAAGUUGUUAGAAGAACAAGACUAAGUGUACACUCCGAAGCUGUCAAGAAGGAGUCCUGUGAUUAUACAAACUUACUGUUGAAGAGAUCAGUAGGCCAAGAGUUGACCUUAUCAAAGGAGCAUAAAGGCCAUAGGUUUUGCAUUUGAAAGAAAAUCUCUUGGAAACACUGUUUUCCUUGAUAAAGAUCACUCUUUUCUACUGUGUGAGACAGUGACUUGGAAUCCUAACUAUUUUCUCUACCAUGCACAGUGGUGAUCCUGCCUCUUCUUCCAGUCAAACAGUGGAGUAGGGGGUGGAAGAUGGAGGCUUAAAGAUGUACAAAAAAAAAAAAAAACCCAAAACAUAAACCCUCUCUAAUCAGCCCCCACCUCAAAAAGUAGGGGAUGAGGAGAAGUGAUUAUCUGCUGUGAGUAGAAUUUGUGUAAAUGUUAUGCACAUGCACCAACCCACACACAGAGUAAAUCUUUUAUCAGCUCAAAAUUGCUGUUUAAUGCAGAGAAUGAUUGUCUUCCGAGUUUUUAGUUCUUUUUUUUUAACUGUGUUAAAGUACUUGAAAUGUAUCAACUGCUGACUAUCCUUUAAAAACAAAACAAAACCAUUUGAGUUGUAUUACAGAGGUUGACAUUGUUCGGGGAUGGGACAAAGCUUUCUUCAAUUCUUUUCAUACCACUUAAUGAUUUUGGUGCAGGCACUUGAUAUUUUCUUAUUUAUUCCGUGAUAUUUCACAUCCACCCUUCACAGCAUGAGCAUAAAGCCCAGUGGCACCAAGUGGCUGAAUACAAUCAAAUGAUAUUUUAUAGCACUUGACUGUCUGAAGAACCUUGGGAGUUUUCAAAUGAUGACUUCAUUGAGCUUCAUUGCAGCCUGAAAUAAAAAUGUUGUAUGAUAGAUGCUAACAGUCAAGUUGCAUUUUGACUGGAAAUUUUGAUAUGACCUAUUUCUUAGCUCAUUUCUCUGUGCUCUAUGGGUACAUACAAAAAUCCUGAAUUCUGUUUCCCAGGCAGAUCAUUGCAACUCAGGGCUAAAGUCAUCCAGUGAAACUUUUAGAGCCAGAAGUUAACUUUGUCCCAGUCCCACAAUGUGAAAAGAGUGAAUAGUGGCCUCUUUUUAGCCAUUUUCAUGGCUGGUACAUAUCUGUACACCUUACUUUUCAGAAUUAAUACGCACUUUCAGAUAUUCUUAUUUUUAUUCUCUUAAGUCUUUAUUAACUUUGGAGAAAUGAUGCAUCUUUUUAUUUUAAAUGAAGUAGAUCAACAUGGUGGAACAAAAUGAUAAAGAACAGAAAACAUUUCAAUAUAUUACUAAUAAUUUUUUUCCAAUAUAAAACCUAAAAUUCCUAUAAUAUUAUAGUAUUUUACAGUUUUAUGAAGCUUUCUAUUGUGACUUUUAUGGAAUUAAGAGAUGAAGAAGAUGAGAUAUUUUAGCAUUUAUAUUUUUCAAAAUUAAAUGUAUACUUAAAAUAAAGUAACUUUAUGCAUUUA